AUGGAGGUUGACAAAGAUAAUUGGAAACGGCUUUUGCUUCCAAUUCUGAAGGAUAUCUCAAAUGCCACCUUUGUGUCCUUCGAUCUAGAAAUGAGCGGUAUUACUACACGACCAAAGCAUAGUAACCAGGAGCGAACUCAUGAUGUCGGAAAACCCAGUCUUCAACAACAAUACGAAGAAGUUAAGGAUGCCGCCGAGACUUUCCAAGUUCUUCAAAUUGGCAUCACUUGUGUUGAAGAAGACCAUUAUUAUCUUGCUAAACCAUACAAUAUCAACCUUAGUCCACUAUUGAUUUACGAUAGAGUCUUCGAUCUUGAUCGCAACUUCUGUUUUUCUAGUUCUGCUAGUAACUUCCUUCAAUCCAAUGGCUUCGACAUUGGUGCAGUCUUCACCAAAGGCGUUCCUUACUUGUCGGAGCAGGAAGAGGCCGAGGCUCGUGAGCGUUACGAUCAGAGAAUUGAGAGAAAUGCAUCAAUUCCCAGUAUUAUUUUUGAUCCAAGUGAUGUUGGAACAUUGGAAUUCUAUCGAAGAGCUAGAUCGACUAUCACGGAAUGGAUAGAGGCAAAAGAGCCGAAGAUGGCCUCCGUCAAUGUGGAUAAUCCCAAAGGUCCUUUAAAUGGUUUCCAGCGAAGAUUAGUUCAUCAGCUUGUCCGUAGUGAAUUCCCUCAGUACAGAUGCUUUGCUCGGUUGGAAGGAUCUUUCAUGCAGGUUGAAAUGAUUGAUCAUGAUAGAGAAGCAAAGAAAACAAUCGAGCAACUGAAAACAUUCAAUCAGCGAAUCGCUCAACAAUCUGGGGCACGAUUCAUUUUCGAAGCACUUUGUGGUGGUGACCUAACAGGUAUCGACCCGAUGUGGUUAUACACGGAUGAUGAAAACACGCAACCUAACCACCAUUCUUCGCGGCCUUUUCUUGAAUCUCAACUUGCUGCAGUCAUUAAGACGCUUAAGAAAAAGCAACAUGUUAUUGUCGGUCACAACCUAUUUACUGACCUUUGCUUUUUAUACAAAACCUUCAUUGGCACUCUCCCAGCUGGUGUAGGAGAUUUUCAAUCUCAAAUUCACUCGCUCUUUCCUUUCGUUAUUGAUACAAAGUAUCUGGCCACUUACAAUAGUGAUGCUAUGAAUCCUCGUGUCAACCUCAAAGAGCUGUUGAUUCCAUUUCAAAAAGUACAUAUGCCUCUCAUCCUUCUCCACGAAAAGCAUAAUACUUACGGCGGCGUCAAUGGCAAAUCUCAUGAAGCCGGCUUUGAUAGUUGGAUGACAGCCGAGCUAUUCGUCAAACUAUCCGCUAAGCUUUAUGCUGAACAGACAGAUCUAAAUCAGGAGGAAAAUAGAACCCGGGUAAAUUAUAGCGAGAUAGACUAUGACUCAGAUUCUGAUUCCGACGACCAAGAAGGAUCAGGAGGCGCUUCUCUCGCUUCCCCAUCCUGUAACUCUCCUAUCGUAAGAGCAAAGCCAAACUCAGAUGCACAUCGCCCAAGUGACUGGCACGCUAUGCAACUCAACAAUCCUUUCUCGGCGCUUAAUGUUGAAUAUGCAGGGAAAGGAGACAAGAAGGGAAAGAAAGUGGCGUUUGGAGAUCAGAUGCCUAGACAGUGGAUACCGGGUUUGGAAGAGAAUUUUUGGGAGAUUUAUAAGAAUAAAUUGAGGGUCAACGCUGUGGAGGGUGGUGUUUGUGAUUUAGGUUGUGGAUUGAACAGAGCUUUGAAUGGUGGGAGAAGUGAGAGAAUUAGAAAGAUAGCGAGUGGUAGGGGUGAUUGGGUUUAG